AGUGGGUUAGAUGAUACCAGUAUGUUCACUGUAGCUUUAGAGGUAAGGUCAAUGGGGUGGCCAAUCAGAUUUCAGGUCCCCCUUCUGGACACGCCCCUGGUCUUUGGGCACAAAUGGGUUAAUAAUCUGAAGCUGUCCGAUAAAUGGAGUGGAGAAGGAAGGAGCAUAAAAUGGAAACGACAAGUAGUACACUACAUCCACCACUAGGCGGCGGUACCUAAAGGCAGCGUUCGGACCGCCAUUAAACAGAAGAGAAGAAGAAGCUGAACCCCUGACCCGGGCCCUUUUCUCCAUUUCCGGUCCGCGAACUCAAACGUAAUGGACCCCCGGCGGAAGCGGCUUCUGGCCGUGUCCGUGCUGCAGCACAGACUCAGAGACAGACGCAGACGUCGCAGCUGGGUCCGCGAGACGAACCAGGCGAGGCUCGAGCAGGGGGAGUUCCACCGUCUGGUCCGCGAGCUGCGGCUGGACGGUGACCGCUUCCAGAACCACUUCCGGUUGAGUGUGGAGCAGUUCGACGGGCUGCUGCUCAGGGUCGGUCCGCUCAUCAGAGCCGUGGAGACCAACUACAGGAAACCCAUCUCCCCCUCCCAGAGACUGAGCAUCUGUCUGCGGUAUCUCGCCUCCGGGGAGUCCUGUCGGUCCGUGGCCCACAGCUACCGGGUGGGGGUGUCCACUGUGUGCGGCAUCGUCCGCCAGGUGUCGCAGGCCAUUUGGGACUGCCUGCAGGACGACUUCAUGCCGGUACCCGGAGAGGCCGACUGGAGGGCGAUGGCGGAGGACUACAUGGAGUUGAGGAACUUCCCAAACUGCGUUGGCGCUGUGGACUGCAAACACGUCGUUAUCCAGGCCCCCGCAAAUUCAGGAUCGUUGUACCGCAACUACAAGGGCUCCUUUUCGAUCGUGCUUACGGCAGUGGUUGAUGCCCGGUACCGGUUCCGGCUGGUGGACUUGGGGGCGUGUGGCGGGAGCAGCGAUGGAGACCUGUCGAACUCAGUGUUUGGACAAACCCUGCGGACCGCAACACUCAGCCUCCCGCCGGAUCGACAGCUCCCAGGUGCAGAACAUCUGGGCCCCCUGCCUCACGUCCUGGUGGGAGACGAGGCCCUCCCUUUGCUGCGGAACCUCAUGCGGCCGUAUCCGGGAGCGAGCCUGUCCAGAGAGCAGCGGCUGUACAACCAGCGGCUGUCCCAGGCGAGGAGGGUUGCGGACUGCGUCUUCAGCAGGCUGGCCAGCGAGUUCCGGAUCUUCCAGCAGGUGAUCCGCAUUGAACCGGUGGCGGCCGAGCUGGCUGUUAGGGCCGCCUGCAUUCUGCACAACUUCAUGCGGUGGGACCUGACGGAGGACAUCAGCGCGGACGGGGCUGGUGAGGGACUGCUGCCGGUCCAGAGGCUUCAGAGCGAGGACUGUUCCGCAGAGGCUGCCUCCAUCCGCAACAGGUUCGCAGAGUACCUGUCCUCCCCUGCGGGCGCACAACCCGGCUGCACGGUGUUUGACACAGGACAGGAACUCUGAAUGUUUGUGUAUGUCCAUUUAUUUAUUUUUCAGCCCAUAUGACAAUAUAUCCUUAACACUGAAUGUGUCUAUCAAUGCUUUUAGUAAAACAUUAAGAGCUUCAAAAACUUUGUUCUUCUCUUGUCACUCCGUUAGAACAGAUGUUGAGGUCAUAGUGGGAGGUGUUUCUGGAGGGCUUUAUAUUACCAAUUAAAUUAUUAAAACAAAGUGUCACAAA